AUGGAAUCGCGGCGCGGCGUCCACGGUGACUGGUCCAAAGGUUGUGCUGGUUGGAGGCAGCGAUCUUACAGUGGCAGCGACCGCUCAAAUGUUGUCUCUGGGCACAACCAAGGCGUUCCUUCGAUUUCUCGGGGUCGUGGUGGUGGUAGCUCAGGCAUUACAUACUCAGAGGCUGAUGAUUCCGUUUUUCGAGGUUCUGGGCGCGGUCGUUAUGGACGAAACAAUUUUCCGCACCGUGGUUUCACGCCUCGUUUCCAUCACUCUAGCUCCGGUGUAUAUCGGCCCUCUCUAUUUGUUGGUGUGUCCAAUCCGCUAAAUGAAUCAGAAGAUUUCUGGCAAGAUGAUGACUGGUUUUCCUCGGAAGUCGAUCGGGAUGCCCAGGCUGCCGUAAGCGUUAAACCACAUUUACCAUCUGGUACCAAACAUGAUGUCGUCGCUCCGCCAGUCCCGUGCUCGUUUUCGGGCACACCCUCUUCAACCAAUGUGGGUGCUGCAGAACCCUGUACAACGAAAUCUUACUCGGAGUCCUGCUCUGUUGGUCCUCCACCUGGCUUCGAUCUACCGCCUAAGCAGCUCAUGAGUAUUGCUGAUGGAGAGCGCCCUGUCAACGUUUUCUCAUCUACGUCCACCCAUGAUGAUACCAGUCAUCUGCACUCGUCUGUGUCAACCAUCGAUGUUUCAAACUCUGCAUGGUAUUACAUUGACUCUACGGGACAGACUCAGGGUCCGUUUGGGAAUCAACAAAUGUCAACUUGGCUGGCGAGUGGUUAUCUGCCGUUAUGUAUUGAAAUUCGUCGGGAAUGCGAUGAAUGUUUUCUCACUUUGGUUGAUCACAUGAGCUUGGCGGGCCGUGUUCCUUUCUGGGGCGGGUACAACCAGCCACCGAUUACCCGAUCCAACCUCCCCUCAAUUUUGAUGUCAGUUUCGAGACGAAUACCUGUUCCGCAAUGCCUAAGCCACACACCGCCACCUCCACCCACAUCGGUUGUGGCACAACAAAUCCCACACAUCCAACCCCCUGCGCUUCUACACAAUCCGCCAUCCAACACAGAUGUCGCUCCCGCUGCUGCACUGCUCUCCGCGGCAGCUGAACUGGCUUCUGGAGUACAUGCAGGAGUUGACGCCUCACCCAUUGUGUCGAGUACAGUAACCGAGCCUGUUUCUCAACUUCCGUCGCUGUCUCCUGCUGGUGGCUUUGGCGCAGUUGAUUUUUCCAAUACCGGACCCACGGAUGCGUCGGCCGUCCUAUCCGGCGGGAACUCUGAACUUGAGCAUCUGUACUCCGAAGCGCAAGUGUUGGCCUCACAUGUUGCCAAGGUAGGACGCGGAGGCGCAAAGAGUUGGCAGCUAAGCUGGCCGCGAUCA